ACAGCAGCACGAGCACGCUUGCUCUCAGCCCAAGGACAUGAAAGCGACGACACGUCGCGGCAUGGCCGAGGGCCUACCAGGGGAGAAGACGAAGACGAAGACGAAGACGAAGACGAAGACGAAGAAGAAGGCCGGGAACGGAGCCGCUCGUGGCUUCAUGUGCGGCUGCGGCGGCGCCAAGUCGGUGUCCGUCGUCUCCCGGAUGACCGCCGCCGGCAAUAUGUCAGCUGCCACGGCAACGUCAAGUACGACCACAACGACGGCGACGGCGACGUCGGCGAAGAUGAAGAUGAGUGUGCCGUCCUCCGUUCAUGACGCCGGCGCCAGCGCGGAGGGCGCGCCGAGCGUGGACGCGCUCCUGCGGCAGCUGCGCGAGCUGGAGCGCGGCGUGCGCGCGCUGGGCGUCCGGGAGGACCGCGGGGUCAGGGCGCCACCGAGGCACAGGCGGAGCGCGAGCGACUGGGGAGCGUCGUCAGCCGCCGGACGCCGGCGCGGGCGGCUGGAGGAGGAGAGCGUGGCGGUGGUGACGGAGUCCGACGACCCGCUGGGCGACUUCCGGCGGUCGAUGCUGCAGAUGAUCGUGGAGAACGAGAUCACGGCCACCGCCGAGCUGCGGGAGCUGCUGCAUCGCUUCCUCUCGCUCAACUCGGCCCGCCACCACCACCUCAUCCUCCGCGCCUUCGCCGGCGUCUGGGAGGAGCUCUUCGCCGGCUGCGGCCAACACCACCACAACCGCCACCGCCACCGCCCGUCAUCGUACACCGCCACAACUAGCUAACGUACACUGCAGUUUGAUGGAGAGGCAAAGGGAGGAGAUGAGGCCGUGAAGUGCGGGAGGUUGCUUGUUGACAGCGAGCCAGAGGCACGCAAAGAAAACGAGCUACAAAGCUCGGCCUGCCUACCCACGUACCAACCGGCCCCUUUUCCUCUGGUUUGGUACUACGCGGAUGGAUCGGUGCGUGUCUGCAUGCGUCGGUGCGGGGGCGCGACCGAGACGGGGCGAGAGCUCGCUCGGUGAAACGUCGGAUUCCCAGCAAAUUUGCCGGUGAUCUCAAGGAAUGGCGUGCGUACGUGCACGGCGCAUGCGUCGCUCAGCUUCGCUGGUUUAAUUUGUGGAUGUCAUGGCGGCGGCGGCGGCGUGGCCCUGUCGCGGUAUGUCUCCCGGCGCUAGGUCAGUUGACGUCGGAUUAAUGUCUGAUGCACGUGUGUCCAAAUGACCCACGGAUUGGAGAAGUUGGGGGCCGGCCACUCCUGCAGAUUCAUGUAUCAUCUAGUCAUCUAGAGUAGGUGGGUGGAACCUAUGGGAAAGUACAAGAUUAUUCGAACCAAUACAACCUCAGAAUUUUGUUUGGCUGAUUGUCUUGCACUGUUGCACAGUUUUCAAAUGUUACUAUCAUCCU